AUGUCCAGCAACCAUAGCAGCAGAAGUGGAUGUAGGCGCCAACAUGAUGAUCAGAGACUCUUCCAUGAGGGUUCAGGGUACGGCAACGACGGCGGAACCCCGCGCACGGCUGGAAGACAUACCAGCGACCGGCCAUCUAGAGGCAGCCAUUCGGCAUCUAUGUUUGUCGAUCAGUGGGCACACAGCGAUUCUUAUGGCUCGCGACGCCCGCCAGAAGUACGGGCGUACUGGAUUGAGGACAUUUUACCAUCCCGGCCCAUCGGUGACGGCGUUCCGCCACAGCGUGGUCAUCAACAGAAGUCAGGUAAUCAGCAAGGGUCAAGCCGCCAAGACUCCAGCCAUCAAAAGCCGGGCGAUCAUGGCAGUUCACAGCAGCGGCGCCAGUCCCCAACUGGCAUCGCAGAGGGUGAAGGCGUCAACAAUAUGCAGCUCGCCAGGACGCACGCAUCCCGUCCAGAUCAGACCGGGUAUGCACUGCCAAGUCGCUACCCGGACUCGGACAACAACCUGAGCCUGGACUACGUAUUGGAGCAGCUCGAGCGAGAGCUUCAGGCAGCAAGCAGGUUUUAUGGGGCGUACAUUGAAGCUCACGCGAAGCAACUCGCCAAGACCGCUGACGUCGGCCGCAAUGACGAUGUACUCAAUGUGAUUUGGGUACAGGUCGUUUUGGCAAAGAUGAACAACGACGAUAGCGAAGGGAACCGAUUUCAUGACCUAUGUACUGCGAUCCAAAAAAACUUGAAAACCAUCGAGAGAUUGUCCGCUCCUCUGGAUGAGGCCAAUUGGGACAAGCCCGGUGGCGCCCUCGAAAGUGCCAUGAGCAAGCAGAGGCGUGUAGGUUUGAAAGUUCUGGUAGUGCAAGUCCAAGGAAUCACAAUGCUGGCACGCACGGUACAGAGGGAGCGGACGAGUUGCUUGGCCGUGUACAACUUGGUCAAACAGGCCCUUGCGAUGCUCGAUCAGAAAAAUGCAGAGAAUCUUUACCUUUACAAGAAGUACGACAAGGCCGAUGCAGGGCGCCCGGGCAACAAAGCUGACCCCGAGCAAGAGGGGGACGUAGCGGCAGGUGAGUCUUCGAAUGAAUGGAGCCCUCAAACUACCCAAUGA